AUGGGGUUCGAAACACUGCAGGCCCCGAUGGACAUCAAGCGUGGGCUGCAAGAGUCCAGGCGAGAUCGUGCGGUGUUCGCCAACUGUCGUUUUGAGGGCUACCAAGACACUCUAUACGUCCAAGCCCACAAACAGUUCUACAGGAGCUGCAUCGUUAGUGGCACAAUUGACUUCAUCUUUGGUGAUGCAGCUGUGGUGUUCCGGAACUGCAUCAUGGUUGUGAGGAAGCCAAAUGACAACCGACGAGAACAUGGACAAGAUCGGGAGCUACCUUGGAAGGCCAUGGAAGGAGUUCUCAAGAACCAUUGUGAUGGAAUCAGAAAUAGGUGA